AGUCGAGCUCGGGUGCGGCCGGAUUCACAUCCGCAGGUGCUAUUCACAACCAAUUUCCCUCUCUUCUUCGCGCUCAUCUCUGCCUGCCUCCCGAGUCGACCCCGCCGACGGAGGGUUUAGGGUUUUAGCGGCGACGCCCCGGACAACAUAUAGCGCGCCUGCCUAAAAAUCUAAAUCCUACUCCAAACCGUCAUACGAUUCCAAGUCUAGGGUUUGAAUCGCCGCCGCUGUGGGAGCGGAGAGAGGAAUGGCGGAGGAGAUGGACGCCUCUCCCAGCUACUUCAGCCCCGAUGAUCUCGGCAGCAGGGAGCAGUACCGCCGCUACGGGAAAAGGCAGUCUCCCUCUAACAUUUCACCACUCUUGGCUAGCUCGGUGUCGAAAUUCUCUGAAGCGAGGCUUCUGUAUGAUGGUAAUAACAUUCAGAAACGACCUAAUGCUGCUUUGCUUCUCGAAGAAAUCAAGCAAGAGGUUGAGAGCUUUGAACCUGAUGGGUUCGAUGGAUCAAGAGUUCCGAAUGCAGCUAAGAGACGAGUAUCUGUUGAUGGUCAUGCUGUCUCGGACUUACAUGCUAAUUUCAGUUCAAUUCGACAAUCGGCGAGCCAAUCAUUAAAGCUGAUCAAGCAGGAAGAUGAUUUCCUGCCAGAUGGUGGAGAGACAAUCUUUACAUUAUUUGCCUCUCUUCUCGAUUCUGCACUUCAAGGAUUGAUGCCUUUUCCUGAUCUGAUUUUGCAUUUCGAGAAGACAUGUCGUAACAUCUCUGAGUCAAUCAGGUAUGGUAGUACAGUGCGGCAUCGGGUGGUUGAGGACAAGUUCAUAAAGCAAAAAGCUCGCCUCUUGCUUGAUGAGGCCGCUUCCUGGUCACUUCUUUGGUACCUCUUUGGGAAAGGAAAUGAGGAACUUCCUGAAGACCUAUGGCUGUCUCCAACAACCUCGCACCAGGAAGCUUGCCAAUUUGUUACGUCAGAUCAUACAGCACAACUAUGUCUACGUAUUGUACUCUGGCUUGAAGGACUAGCCUCAGAAGAUCUUGAUUCGGAAAAGAAGGUAAGAGGAACCCAUGUUGGUUCCUACCUUCCAAGUUCUGGUGUUUGGCAUCGUACACAGAGGUUCUUAAAGAAAAAGAAUGACGACCCAGCUAUUGUCCACCACUUAGAUUUUGAUGCUCCAACACGUGAAGCAGCUCAACUGCUUUCUGAUGACAAAAAGCAAGAUGAGUUACUUCUAGAAGAUAUUUGGACUCUACUAAGAGCUGGAAGAUUAGAAGAGGCAUGUGAACUUUGCCGCUCUGCCGGCCAGGCUUGGAGAGCUGCUACUCUAUGUCCAUUUGGGGGGUUGGACCUCUUUCCUUCUGUUGAAGCUAUGCAUAAGAAUGGAAAGACACGAACAUUACAGGCAAUUGAAUUGGAAAGUGGCAUUGGACACCAAUUGCGUCUUUGGAAAUGGGCAUCAUAUUGUGCUUCAGAGAAAAUUGCUGAGCAAGAUGGUGGGAAGUACGAGAUGGCUGUAUAUGCCCUGCAGUGCAGUAACUUGAAACGCUUAAUGCCGGUUUGUACUGAUUGGGAGUCAGCAUGCUGGGCAAUGGCAAAGUCCUGGCUCGAUGUUCAGGUCGAUUUAGAUUUAACUCGCUUUCAGCAAAGUAGACUGGAGGAAAAACAAUAUGCAGAUGAUAUGAAUGGGGCUUCUAACCAAGCUAUUUCACCGUCAAUUGGCCCUGAAAAUUGGCCAUAUCAUGUUCUUGAUCAGCAACCACGUGAUAUUCGUUCUCUUCUUCAGAAAUUACAUUCAAGUGAAAAUGUUCAUGAAGCAGUAUCACGAUCAUGCAGAGAGCAACAUCGGCAAAUUGAGAUGAAUCUGAUGGUUGGUGAUAUUGCAAAUCUCCUUGACCUUCUAUGGUCAUGGGUAUCGCCUUCAGAAGAUGAUCACAAUAUUUCAAGGUCCAUUUGUGAUCCUCAAUUGAUACGCUUUGGAGCACAUGUAGUUCUUGUCCUUAGAUAUCUUCUUGAUGAUGAAAUGAAGGAUGCCUUCAAUGAGAAGCUUGUGAAUGUUGGUGAUCUUAUUCUUCACAUGUAUGCAAUCUUUUUAUUUUCUAAACAGCAAGAGGAAUUGGUUGGCAUAUAUGCCUCUCAGCUUUCCCGUCAUCGUUGCAUUGAUCUGUUUGUUGAAAUGAUGGAACAUAGAUUAAAUAGCAGCAUUCAUGUAAAGUACAAACUUUUCCUCUCUGCUAUUGAGUACUUGCCGUUCUCCUCAGAAGACAAGUCUAAGGCAUCUUUUGAAGAUAUAAUUGAGAGGGUCCUUUCAAGAUCGCGGCAAACUAAUCCCGCUAAACACGACAAGGAUUUGUCUGAUGUUGCUGAGCAGCAUCGCUUGCAAUCUCUCCAGAAAGCCAUGGUUAUUCAGUGGCUUUGCUUCACUCCGCCAUCUACAAUCCCUGAUUUUGAAAUAAUCAGUGCUAAACUACUUAUCAGGGCAUUAAUUCAUAGCAACACAUUAUUUAGGGAGUUUGCUUUAAUAUCUAUGUGGAGAGUUCCCAAAUUACCAAUAGGAGCACACAAGGUACUAGGUUUUCUUGCAGAACCUUUGAAACAGCCCAAAGAUACUCUACUUUCAUUUGAGGAUCUUGAGGUAUCUGAGAAUUUGGAAGAGUUUGAGGACUGGCGUGAAUAUUACUCAUGUGAUGCAACAUAUCGGAACUGGCUUGAAAUUGAGCUGAAGAAUGCUUCUGUUUCUCCUAUUGGGCUUUCAUCUGAAGAGAAGGAUAGAGCUAUUGCUGUUGCUGGAGAAACAUUAAGCUCAUCUUUGUCUCUCUUACUUAGAGAAGAAAGACCAUGGUUGAAUGCAGCUCUGAAUAGUUUAUAUGAUGAUACGGAGCAUAUUUAUCUUGAAUUGCAUGCUACUGCAAUGCUCUGUCUACCUUCUGGUGAAUGUGUUGUCCCUGAUGCAACCUUAUGUACUGCUUUGACGAGUGCACUCUACUCUUCUGUCAGUGAAGAAGAUGUGUUAAAACGCCAGUUGUUGGUCAAAGUUACUACUUCUUCAACCAAUAAUUACUAUAUAGAAGUUGCACUUCGCUGUGUAGCAGUAAGUGGUGAUGGACUAGGGUUUCAUGAAGCUAAUGACGGUGGUAUCCUUGCUACUGUCAUGGCAGCUGGUUUUAAAGGCGAGCUCAAUCGAUUCCAAGCUGGAGUUACAAUGGAAAUAUCUCGUCUGGAUGCUUGGUAUUCUGAUGAAGAUGGCUCAGUAGGAAGCCCUGCUACAUAUAUUGUUAGAGGGCUUUGUCGAAGAUGCUGUUUACCAGAAAUCAUUCUCCGUUGUAUGCAGGUGUCUAUUUCUCUAGCAGAAGCCGGCGAUAGACUCGAUCAUCAUGAUCAAUUAAUUGAAUUAGUUGCUUCAUCCGAGUCUGGAAUGCUGCAGUUGUUUAGUCAGCACCAGUUGCAGGAAUUCUUAUUAUUUGAGAGGGAAUGUGUACUAUCUAAAAUGGAGCUUGAGGAAGAACAUCCUGAAGCUGAUGGGGUACAACCAGGAUACCUCCAUGAUAGUUGUGGCAGUAGUUCUUGGUGUUUACCCAGAUUAAGUCUAUGUGGAUGAUGAAAGCCCACUUAAGAUGUCCAUAGGGCACGGUCUCAGACCGCGUUGCAGCCCGGUUGGGUGCUGUAAAAGUUUCACUCUUUAAACAGAUACAACAAUUUCACAAAAAAAAAAAA